AUGGAUAGCAUCGAGAUGAUAUGGGACAAUCAAGUUGUUGUGGAAUCUUUCCCCAAGCUAAAAUCGCUUUAUGUGGAUGGAUGCAACAAGCUUGUGACCAUUGUUCCUCCUUUCCUUCUGGGACAGCUCAAGAGCCUGGAAAGUUUAGAGGCAAAAGCAUGUGCAUUUAUAUUUAGAGAUCUAACCCAACUUGAAGAGUUGGAGAUCCGUGAAUGUGGCAUUGCAGAACUCAUUGAGAAGGAAGAAGGAGUACGAGUUCCCGGGUUUGAUUUCCCAAAGUUAACCUCCCUCCAGCUUGAGCAUCUGACAAAGUUGACGUGCCUCUACGACAGAGCACAUACUUCCCAUUGGCCGGUGUUAAAGACCUUGAGGGUAGAUGGAUGUAACAAAGUAGAGAUACUUGCUUCCCAAUUUGAGAAUGAGAUACAACGUCAUAAACAGCCUCUCUUCUUGAUAGAAAAGGGCGCAUUCCCCAACCUCCAAGAGGUCAAAUUGGAUUUAUGCCAACGGAUGGAGAUAUGGCAUGGGGAUUUUCAUGAUGAGGAAUUCUUCUGCAAGCUUAGAGUUCUUGAGCUUUAUCAUCUCUCCAAGGAAUCUGCAACAUCCACAAGUCGUUUUAUUGAGAGUCUAACCAAGUUGGAAGAGCUAGUCAUACGUGAAUCUUAUCUAGAAGAGCCAAGCAGCAAUGUGGAAGCCAUGGAAGGCCCUAGUCAAGAACAAAAAGUAAUAUUACCCCUUUCAAGACAAAUUAAACAUUUGAAGGCUCUAAAUGUGUCGGAUUGUGAUGGGUUAUCAAGUAUGUUUACACCAACAGUAGCUGAAAAUUUGGUGGCUCUCACAAAAUUGAGGAUAAGUAAUUGCAGGAUAUUGACAGAAGUUAUUAGUAACAAGGGAAGUAAGGAGGGGCAUGAAGUGGCUUUCCAUCAUUUGACAUGUAUGGAGCUUGAUGGGUUGAUAGAGUUGAAAUGUUUCAGCUCAGGUGGCUGCGCUUUAAUAUUCCCUCUCUUGGAAGAUGUCAUUGUGAAUGGAUGUCCCAACAUGAAGUUCUUCUCCGAGGGGCCAAUAGAGGCCCCAAAGCUGGAUAGAGUAAAAGUAGAUACGGCGGAACGCGAUGGGCCAACAAAGGACCAGUAUUUUUGGAAGGAAAACCUCAACAUGACCAUCCAAAAUUUGUUUAAAGAAAUGGCUACGGUUGCUAAGGCUGAGUUUGUGUGGCUGUUUGAGUUCCCUGAGCUCGUUGGAAAGUGGCACAACGAACAUAAUCCCGUCAAUUCAUCUUGGCAAUUAACAACCCUGGUGGUGGAUAAGUGUCCAUCAUUUAUGAAUGCUAUGCCAUCGAAAUUGAUGCUUGUUUUGGAGAAAAUGACGAGCUUGCGAGUGUGCAAUUGCAAGUCUUUGGAAGAAAUAUUCGACCUUGAAGGGCUUGAGCCAGUGGAAAGCACUCGGGUGCUACCUCGCUUAGAGAAUUUGCACUUGAUCAAUCUACCAAAGUUGAGGCAACUAUGGAACAAAGAUCUUCAAGGAACGAUGUGCUUCAAUUCUUUGUCUUGUUUGUCUUCUCUGACUCUUUAUAAAUGCAGCAACUUGAGACAUGCUUUCACUCCAUCGAUGGCUCGGUGUCUUGCCAAUCUAAAAUAUAUGGAAAUAAAGGAGUGUGAUCGGAUGGAAGGAGUGAUCGAAGAUGAAGAAGGGCAAGGAAGUGCAGUGGAGAAGAUUACGUUCCCCAAUCUCUGGACGAUUAAGCUGAAACGCUUGCCCAAUUUGAUGAGUUUCCUAGCGGGAAAGAAUCACGAGCUGGAUUGUCCCAAAUUUUAUUAUCUAAAGAUUGCCCAUUGCCCCAAAAUGAGAAGUUUGACUUGGCAGUCUUCAAUGGAUAUUGACCAUAACACGCCUUCACUUUUCACUCCACAGGUACAAUUUCCCGGGCUUUCGCGGAUGGCUCUCUCUCACAUGGACAAUUUAUGCAAAAUAUGGACCGACAAUCCUCUAGAAACUCUCACUUUUGACCACCUUUGGAAAGUGAAGGUCAAAAACUGCGUGAGCCUUGAAAAUCUAUUUCCGCAUUGGGUGGCUACAAGUCUAACCCAACUUGAGCAGGUUCUUGUGGAGUCUUGUAGGAUCGAGGAAAUAGUCGCUAAUGGAGAUGACACUCCACACUCCAACAUUGCUCAAGUUCUUUUUCCGAAUCUAACCUCUUUGGUGUUACAUGAUAUGCCACGACUCAAGACCUUCUACCCGAACUUGCCCACUUUGAAUUGGCCAUUCUUGGAGGAAUUGCGAGUAACUCACUGUGAUAAAGUGAACAUGUUAUCUUUUGCAGCAUCCAUGAACAAAUGGACUCAGAGAAAUGAUCAACAGGAUCUUUUACGCCAAGAAGCACACUCUUCGUUUGAGAGGGACUUUCCAAACUUAGAGAGACUUUUAUUAGUCCAUGACGACAUUGAGAUGAUACAGGAUGGAAAAUAUCAUGAUGACAUCUUUGGCAAGCUUAAAGCGCUAACAUUGGCAUGCUUUCACGAGGAAAAUGUCGUCUUUCCUCCCAGAUUCCUCCUAGAGAGAUUUCAAAACCUAGAAAGCCUUGAGUUCUUCUGUAGCUCCUUUGAAGAUAUAUUCCCUAACGAAGGAUUUGUUGACGAGGAAAGAAAUUCGGUGCUUGAAAAUUUAAGAGAACUUAAGUUGAGCAAGCUACACAAGCUAAAGCGUGUGUGGAGAGAAGACGGUUUAGUGUCCAAAUUUCUUCUGAGCAUCGAAACACUUAAGGUUUGGGAUUGUCCUGAGUUGACGAUACUAUUUCCAGCCGUGACAUCCUUCCAGAAUUUGACGAAUUUGGUGGUGAAGAAUUCCUCUGGAUUGGUACAUCUAGGGACAGCUUCCGUGAUCGCAAGUUUGGCGCAUCUUUGGGAGAUGACUAUAAUAGGAUGUGAAAGAAUGAAAGAAGUAGUGGCAAAAGAUGAAAAUGGAGAAGGACAAGUGAUUUCUUUUAAGAAACUACAAUAUUUGACACUCCUCAUCGAUGUCUUUGCUUUUUCCCCUGCCCUUGUCGUCUGUGUGGCUCAAAUUCCAUGUGUGGGUUUGUGCGUAAGACAUGGAAGGCUUAUGUUGGGUCUUGUUUCACCAUAUGUUGGUCUUUCAACCAUGUACAUGGGCGGACUGCUCCUGUUCAAUUCAUCGGGCAAUAUAUUCUGGAAAGCAAGCAAAUUGCGACUGUCAGGUAAUCAGACAGGUCAUGAACGUGAAGCUGAGGUGCUAUGGACACGAUCUGGGCAUUUUUCUGUUGCUCUGUAUGUGGAGGAUGUUUGUAUGUUUACUCUCCUUGAUAGGGAUGAUGUUGUGUGCGGAGUCUACAUAUUCACUAGUGCUGGGAAUACCAAAGAGGUUCAUGAGAAAAUAUGGCGAGAAUCUCUCCAAAGGGAUGCUUCCAAGAGUGUCAAAUACUGCAAUUGUUUGGCCUGUGGAAUUGGAAACAUGUGA